CAUAAACCAUUUUUCUCACACUUAUUUUGCUCCAUAAACCUUCCUUAACUGUUCAACUCCUAUUGACUCUUCUAACCAAAACCCAUCAACUGUUUUUUUUUUUUUUUAGGCUUUUUUAGCCUUCCUUUUUUUUUUUUUUUUUUUUGCAGAUUUUGUGUUUUUUUUUUUUUUUUUUUUAAAAUUCUGUUAAUUUUAGCAAGCUCAAAUUUUGCUAGCACUUUGUCACUUGCAAGGUACAUGUUUUGGCCUUUUUUUUUUUGGGGUUUAAUUUUGUUAUAUAAGCAUUUCUUGAUAGUUUAUUUUAUUUUUAUAUAGAUGUUUUUAAUCUGUAUAUUUUGUGUCAUUUCUGUAUUGGGUGUUUGAAUGUUUUAUGUUAGCAAGCUCAAAUUUUGAUAGCACUUAGUUCAGUAGAUGUUACUGUAGGGCAAAGGGUUCACUCAGCUAUCUAUAAGGCAAAAGGUUUGGCCUUUUUUUGGGUUUAUCGUUGUCAUUGUGCUAGAAGUACAGAUACACAUUGUAGCAAAGCCAUGUUGGAGCUUUAUGGAGAUAUUUAAUGUGCUUGGAGUUCAGUAAAAUGAAGACCACUCAGCCAAACAAAGCAGAAAAGAAACCGCAGCCAAACAACGAAGAAAAGAAACCGUCAAUUAAGGCUUCUCACGAGGCUCAAAAUGAUCAGCAGAACCAUACAGCAGAUACACCUGUAGCUGAUGCAGGUUCUGUUUCUGCAUCAGGCAAUGAUAACAGGAAAGUUUCACGUGAAGAUAUUGAACUUGUCCAGAACUUGAUUGAACGGUGCUUGCAGUUGUAUAUGAAUAGGGAUGAAGUGGUAAAAACACUUCUGAAUCGUGCAAGGAUAGAUCCUGGAUUUACAACUCUAGUUUGGCAAAAAUUAGAAGAAGAAAAUGCGGAGUUCUUUCGAGCCUACUACAUUAGGCUUAAACUGAAGAAACAAAUCAUCCUGUUCAAUCAUUUGCUUGAGCAUCAGUAUCAUCUAACGAAAUAUCCAGUGCCUCCAAAGGUUCCAUUGGCGCCAAUGCAGAAUGGUAUUAGGCCCAUGCCAGUCAACAACCUACCCGUGGGAUAUCCCGUCAUGCAGCAACCUCCAGUUCCAGCUGCGGGUCAACCUCAUCUUGAUCCAAUGGGCAUGUCCAGCUGCCACGUGGUUAAUGGUGUGCCAGCACCAGGAAACUAUCAUCCCAUGAGGAUGAAUUCAGGAAAUGAUAUGGUGAUUGACACUAAUGUGUCAGAUGUAGCAGCAGCUGGUGCACCUAGCAAUGCUAUGUCAGAUAUGGCUGUAAGCCCUACAUCAGUAGCUUCCAGUGGCCAUUUUCCCUUUACCGCUUCAGAGAUUUCGGGUAUGGGAGUUGACACCUCAGCCCUUGAUGCUGCCUUUCCAUCUGAUGUAGCAAGUUCAGUAGGAUUACAACUGCCGCCAGAUAAUGGUGUUGGUAAUUCGAGGGAUUCACUGAGAUCUUUGGCUCAGAUUCCUUGGAAUUUUAGUCUCUCAGAUCUAACAGCAGAUCUGUCGAACUUAGGAGAUCUAGGACCUCUUGGGAACUAUCCUGGUUCUGCAUAUUUGCCUUCUGAUUCAGAUAUUCUACUCGACUCUCCAGAGCAAGAUGAUAUAGAGGAGUUCUUUGUCGAUGUUGAUGAUGCCGUUCCAGAACCAACUUGUCCUCAAUCGGAUGAAGAGAAGUCAUAGUUUCAACUGAGAUAUUAAUGUCGCAUUGCAUUUGAAGUUAGAAUGUAAAAUGAUUAUAAACUUGUAGAGUGGAUGAGCUGAAAACCAUUCAUUUUUCCCUUUGCUAGCUGUGCUAGAUAUAGUUAUUAACCUAAUUUAGAUAUUAACUUUACUCUUGGAUUAUUAUAGUGAGCAGAUCUUUAUUUUAUCAGUGAAACAAAACAGGAUAUGUUUAUCAGAAAGGAUUUAUAUUUAUCCA